UCAAAAUCUCAAAAGUAAAAACGCUGUUGAUGUUGAUUUUUUGUUUACAAUUUUCUUUCGAUUUAAAGCGUAUUAAAAUAUUAACAAAAAAGAUGUUCUAUUAAAACAAUAAAAAUACAACUAUUGAAUAAAUUUUUUUAAUUAUAAAUGGACAACGAUAGUGAUGCACCAUCAGAAACCGGUCACGCUGCACCAAUGCCAAAGCACAUACCGUUUCCUGAAAUUCCCAGCAGUUCGGAGCUCCUCAACGAACUGGUGAUGUUUUUGUUUAUACUUUUCGGAGCUGGAAUGCAAUUUUUGCACAUUUAUCGAACAGUUUGGUGGAUUCCAGAUUCACAUACAAAUCAUACAAUUAACUACUAUUUAAUUGAGCCGUAUUUGGUGAUCUUCACAGUGAUUAUACUAUCACGUCGACUUCUUUAUUGCCUAAUGAACAAAUGUUUAGAUAUCUUUUACAAUGACAGACAAUUGAGAUCCUAUAAAAUGGUGGCCAAGUACAUAUUUAGUGCGGUCCUUUUAUUGAUUCUGGGUCUGUGCAUAGUAAAGGUUUACACAAGACAAAACUAUCUUUCACUUUUCUUGCUCAUGUAUCCAUUGGUCGUGUAUUCGCUUAUCUUUGGAUUCCAAGUUGAGCCCUUCUUUCGCACAUCCUGUGAAGUUGAAGGCUCUUAUCUAAAUGGUCUGCCAAUGCACUGCUGUUCAUCGAGCCCAGUAACAAUACGCGAUGAAGUCGAAAGCCUUAAGAACGAUUUUAACAAUCGCUUCAAGCAGGUGAUCUUCACCUCAGUGGUGAAUGCUUACUAUGGUGGCUUUGUUCCAUGUUUCUAUGCCCAAAAUUUCAUUCACUAUAAUGUGCUAUGGGCUUCGCAGCAUAUAAUAUUCAUUUGGCUAGGUGGAUUCACUAUGUGCACAGUAUUUUGCUUCCCAGCAAAAUACAGUGACAUUUUGCAUCGAUCAGCUUUGCAUUUGGGGCUUUGGUGCCGUUUGGAUGGACGGUCCAGUGCCAAUUCCCAACCAUCAAUUUGGUCGAAAACAUCAGCAUGGAGUAAUGCUAGCAUUGUACGAUAUACUGGAGAUUUGUAUAAAUCUUUGGGACCAGUGACGACUGCUCUACCAGGAAACACUUCGCAUUAUCGAUUUUUUAAACUCUUCAACAAUCCAUCAGCAAUUUAUAUGGCUCUUUCUUGUAUGCAAGUUUUUCUGGUGCUCUUCCAGAUUCUAGUUUUAUGGUUUGCCAUUGAAUGGCAUCAUGUGUUGUCUCUAAGUUUUCUAGCACUUACCAACCAUUUUACUUUAUUUAAGAUACUACGCGAUUAUCUUAUUACAAAGAAAGUUUACGCAGCCGAAUCUUCGAUCUCUGAGAAAAUGAAUGCACAUUACAAUUAAUAAAUGAAAUGGUAUUUUUUAUAAAAUGUAUUUUUUGUGAUACAUCUUAUGAUAUAAAAUAUAUAAAUCAAAUUAUA